AUGGACGAUGACGAGGACACAUACGGCUUCGGGACCUUCGCCGACCUGUUCGACACGGCGCCGGCGCAGGCCGCCAAGCGACUGGAUCUUGGUGCGCUAAGUCGCUUCUGCAUGCCCGAGCGUCUGUUGUCGCGCUUCGAGCAGCAGCAACGAAGGGACCAGAACAUCGCGCGUUGGGUGUGUCACCACUCGAAAAUGGCGGCAUCGUGUGGCUACAGGCCACGCAGUCGGACUCGGACGCGCUGGAACGGCGCAAAAAGGAGCUACAGGACAUCACGAACCGCCAGGACAAAGCAGAUCACAAGUCGGCGGCCGCACUCUUCGUAG